UCUUAGAAGAGGGGCUGAUUGUGAUCAGGUGCGCUGCCAUAAUCACUUGGUUUGUGCCACCUGUGGAUGCACAUAAAUUCCCUCCAGUUGCUUCUUGGUUUUAUGAGAUGCUGUUUGAUGUGACUAGAAAGCAAUUAUUCUAAGUAGUAUAUCCUACAGCCUCAGCAGGGAUGAGUUCAGCAAAUGUAUACCUUGGAUGUAAAAUUUCAUUGAUUUCAAAAGCCCAAAAUCGUUAUGAGGGAAUAUUGUACACUAUUGAUAAACUCAACUCUACUGUAGUGCUGGCAAAAGUCAAGUGUCAUGGAACAGAGGGAAGACCAACUGAUAGACCAACACCACCUAAAGAUGAUGUCUAUGAGUACAUCACUUUCCGGGGCAGUGACAUUCAGAGUCUCUCAUUGUGUGAACCUCCAAGAUCACAUGGGCUUCCACAGGAUCCAGCGAUUGUGCAGUCAACUAGUGCAGGCAUGUCUGGCAGCUACUCCCACAGUCCCCUACAGAUGUCUGCCUACAAUCAGCUCACUGCCAGCUCCCUUCUAAAUCGACAGUUUGCAGCUUUUGGCCUAGGGCCUGUGUGGGUUAGACGGGUUGAAAAGGCUGUUCAAACAGUCGGUGUAGAAAGGGCUAGACAGAAGAGAACUAUGACUGCAUCCCAGGAGCGGCGUUAUGAGAGGAGAGAACCCCAAAAGGUCAGAGGAGAGACAUCUCAGCCCAGAAGACGCCCAAGACUGACCCUGAGAGCACGCCCAGGUUUAUCCACUGUUAAGGAAGAAACUCAGCAGCAGCAUGUUGGAAACAAUGAAAACAAACCCCCACCCAGAAGAAGACAAGGAAUGCGAAGACCCAGGAAUCGCAGUAGGGGCCAGCUAAAGGUGGCAAAAGUUCCCUCUGCCAUCUUAAAGUUUGACACAGACUUUGAUUUUGAUUCUUCUAAUGCACAGUUCAUUAAAGAUGAGCUGGAGAGGGAAGUGAAAAACAGGAUGAACAUUAAAGAUGGAAAUCAUGAGGCAAAGGAGAAAGAACGGGGGGAAUCUUGUGCCAGUUUUGAGGAUCAUCAUUUUGGACCAAAAUGCUACUACAACAAAGCGAAAUCUUUCUUUGACAACAUUUCCUCUGAUAACUUCAGACUUUCAUGGGCAGAGGAGAGGAAGCUCAAUCGAGAGACUUUUGGGGUUCCUGGAUGGUUUCUGAGAAGUCGGAGCGUUAGAGGUGGAUAUACUGGAUGGAGAGCUUGGAGCACCAUUCAGACCCACAGAACCAGGAGUGGACAGGUGUGAAGGUUGGACUUCAAGUUAAUUGUUAAUGAAUUUACUGUGUAAAUAUCUAUAUGUUGAAACUAGAUAAAGUAGAUCUGUUGGUAAUGUGCUGAGAGAUCACUUUUAUUUCCCUCUAAAGUCACCUGUCUCAUUCAGUUUAUUUUUUUUUUGUUUUUUUUCCAUUAAUUUGAAUGCACGCUGAGAAAAGAGCCACAUUACAGCAUGCAACUUUUUUUUUUACUAUUCCUUACAGUAUUUUGAGGUGUAUUUUUUUUUUUUUUGUUGUUGUUGUAUGUAGUGAGUGAAUAGUAGAAUUCUCCUUUUGUUCAAAUCAAAGAGUACACUUACAUGUUAACUAUUUGUACAUUUAUCAGUGUUUUGCAUAAUGAACUGUAGACUUUAAUGUAAGAAUAAUGCGUUGCUUUAUUUUUGUCACUGAACUGCCAAAUGCAUAUGGAUUAAAUAAACUAGAUAUUGCUGAUG